AUGCAAUCACUAAUCGAUCCACCAAAUCUACAACACCACCACCAACAACAACAAGAGAGUGAAGAAGCUCCCAGAAGCUAUAGUCCCAUAGCCAAGAUCUCGACGCCGGAAUCAUCCAAAAGCAAACACACCUCCACCUCCACUGCCACUGCAACCACCACUCAUACAACGAUAACAAACACGUCGCAUGUUCACAGUUCGCUAAGUCGGCAUCGGCUCAGUGUAUCGCACGAGGAUAUCAAUUUCGAGAAUGUCGACCCCGGCACCAUCCGAAUCGACUGCAGCGGAGCCUUUAUUGCCAAUGACGACUUGUUGCGCAGCUCCAUUGUGAUGGAACCCGAUGUGCUGCUGUCCUCGUCGCUGCUGAGCGCGGGCUCCAGCUCUCGCUCCAGCUCUCGCUCCGGCUCGAGCUCGCCUUCUGGCUCGCCUUCACCGAUUCUGAGCAAUGCUGGCUCUGACGACGAAGAUGGAGCAGUCUCAAGCGCAGGCGCAAGGGCAACUAACAACGUGGCGGAUGAACAGGAUGAAAGCGAUGGCGGUGGUUCUGGCGGUGAGGUUAUCACCAAGAAUAACAUCACCUUGCCUUCGCACAACGAGGAAAUCAUUCACAUCUCGGUUGACAUUGGCGGCACAUUAACCAAGUUGGUCUAUUUCCGCAAAUCUCGACAUCGAUCGAGCGGCAGCGACGCCAGCAGCGGCGGCGGUAAGAUUUAUUUUCGAGAUUUCCAAACGGAGAACUUCAAAAAUGAAGCUAUGAAAUUCAUGAUCCAAUUGAUCACCAAGCUGAUUUCAAAACAGAGUAAAAGACCACCCAUCACUUAUAUCAUGGCGACUGGCGGCGGCGCCCACAAGUUUUACCAAUUGAUGACCAAGACUUUCCGCAAGCGCAACUUACCGAUGCAGAUUAUAGCCAAGGAUGAAAUGGAAUGCUUGAUUCGCGGCUUGGACUGGCUCAUCACCAAGAUCCCGCAGGAGAUAUUCAUCUACGAUUUACAAGAGGUGACCACUAAAUUCCAGCCGCUCCAAAAGGAAAAUGAGAUUUACCCAUAUUUGUUGGUGAAUAUAGGUAGCGGGGUCUCCAUGAUCAAAGUCACGGGCCCCGGCCCUGGUGGGUUUGAAAGAAUUGGCGGUAGUUCACUCGGGGGCGGAACAUUAUGGGGUCUACUUUCGCUUUUGACCGAUGCCAAGGACUAUAAUGAGAUGCUUGAAAUGGCCCAGCGCGGGGAUAACGAGAAUAUCGACUUGUUGGUUGGCGACAUUUACGGAACCAACUACAACAAGAUUGGAUUGAAAGCAAAUCACAUUGCCUCGUCGUUUGCCAAGGUGUUUAAAAAGUUGCGCUUCACCAAUGAAAACAAGGCCAAGCCUACUUCGUCGGCCGCCAAAUUGGCCCAGUUCAAGCAAGAAGAUAUUGCACGUUCGCUUCUUUUCUCCAUUUCCAACAAUAUCGGCCAAAUUGCCUAUUUGCAAGCCUUGAGAUUCAACCUCAAGCGGAUAUAUUUCGGGGGCAGCUACAUCUCGGGCCACAUGCAAACGAUACACACACUAAGCUUUGCCGUCAAUUUCUGGUCAAAUGGCGACAUGCAGAGCUAUUUCUUGAGACACGAAGGCUUCUUGGGCAGUGUGGGUGCCUUUAUGAUGGGGCCUGCUUUUAACGACGUCGAGCGUGACAAGCAGCGGGAAAUGUUGAAGCUGCAACGCAAUGGGAAUUAA